GUGUGUUUGCAAGCGAUUGAUAACAAGGACCUAUUCCAAAACUAAAAUGAUUUCUUUUUUCCAUCGCCCAGAACUUUCAUUUUUCUUCUAGUUCACAUUUAAUUUUCUCUCUUAACUCUGGUUUAAUUUUCUCCAAUAAUUUCAAAGUGUUUGGUUCUAAGAAGCUUAAAGGAUCCAAGCCUCAAUGCCAUCUGUUUAUCGUGAAACACUGAGAGGUUUGAGGAAGAGUUCUGUUAACUGAUGUCCAUCAUGAUGAAAGGAUCUUGAAGUGAAGGGUCUCAUUUUCAACAAAAAUGCAUUCUCCCCAGUCUCCUGAGAGGAGCAAACCAACUGUACCUCCAAAGCCAGCUGCCCUGUCUCUAUCAAAUUCAAGUAAUGUUCUCACAGGAGCCUCAAGGAGUAGCAAGGUUGGCAUCUCUCAAAAUCACUGCUGUCAGACCUCAUCCUUCUUGGCCAAGCUGAGUAACUGUGAGCCGUCAAAAAAUGUCAAUAUCUCUCCGAAGCCACCAAUAUUGCCCAAGCCAGCUCAUUUAAAAAACUUCAGAAGUCCUGUUCCUUGCAACUCAACUAGUCCAGAAAUACCAAAAAAGCCUUUUCGUCUAAAGUCCAAAGGCAGUACAGAGUGUAGCAUAAAUGAUGAUGAUGAAACUGUGAUCUCCACAGAUGUAUGUGAAACAUUAAAAAUUCUGUCUAUUGAAAAGUCUCUCCAUGAUAUAGCUGAAUCAAUCAAGAAAGCCUCCAAUGUAGAAUCUAUUGUAGAAACAGCUGCCAGUGAUUCUUUUGACAAAGUUUACAAAAUUUCUGAUGAAUUAGAUUUCAAUCAGUCGCCAAUUGAACAAAAUACCUUGAAACUCAGUAUUUCGGAAACACUUACAAACAAUACUUUCAUCCAACAAUCAUCAAUAUCAAACGAAGACAGUAGCUUCAUCAAACAAGCAUCAAUAUUAAAUGAAAAUGAACUCAACUAUGUGCAUUCAUCCAUUAAAAGCAUCACAAAUGAUGCAAAUCUUGAAAAAAAUGAAACUACAGUCACCUCUCAUCGUGAAAUUUUCCAUUCCGAAACUUGGAGUACAUUCUCAAAAAACAUUAAAGUAGAAAGUGAUGAAUCAACAGAAAGAAAUGAAGAAACAUCGAACAGAGUAAUAGAAAAGAGCAAUAUUCAUUCUGAUGAGCAAAAUAAGGAAGCUUGUGCGGAUGGAAUUUAUUGCAUUUCUCCGCCAUCAGAUGCCCCUAACGAUUUAAAAUCCUUUCAAAUUGUGUUGACGGAUGUUGUAGAAAAUCAAAUUGAAGGAUUAUCAAGUGAAUCAAAUUUAAAUUCAACUGUUGUCUCAGCUGAGCAAGAUUUAGGAGAAGGAUUGACUGAAACUGAAAAUGCUGUGUGCUCUGUUAUUUCGGGUCCAAAUGGCAGAGGGAGCAUCUCUGAUCUUGAAGUGUCGAAGUACUCGAAAGGAAAUCAGUCAGAUGUUGAGUCUGUUGGAAGUGAUACUAGUGGAUCAUAUUCUGUAAGACGGCGGCUUACCAUGUGGUUUGGCUCAUUUGGUAAAGGGGUCAAAGAUCGCAAGAAAAAACGUCAAAGUUUUACAUUUUAUAGCGAUGAUGGUAACGAAGAUGGUGAUUCAUCUGCAAGUCAAAUUGAUGACUCUUUUGCGGAUCGUAGCAAUGAUACAUCUGUCAAAGCAAGUGAUUCAUCCAGCACCGGAGAAGUUUCUAAGCUCCCGACCAUUGAAAAACUGAGUGCUGAUUCAGGAGGAAACAGAAGUUCCAUGUCAGAUGAAAGCCUGGAAAACGUAGUCUUGAAUGCAUCCAGAGUCACUGAAAACAAUCAUGAGAAAGUUAUAGAAGAAAAUACAAAGGAGAAAAAGUGUAAGAAAGCAUUUUUAGUAGCCAAGGAGCUUACAACAUCAGAAAAAGUCUUCAUCAAUGCUUUGAGUCUAAUUUGUCAUGAUUUUACAGCGUUCAUAAACAAAGCCUCCCCAGACCCUUCAAAUCCUGUUCUCCCACAACCUGAUCUUCAGAAAGUCAUUGGAUCUCUACCGCAAUUACUGCUUUUCAACCAAGUUCUUCUGCAAGACUUCGAAAAUCGAAUCAAAACAUGGGAGAGUCAACCUAAAAUUGCAGAUGUUAUAGUAAAAAAAGGUCCAUUCUUAAAAUUAUAUACUUCAUAUAUCAAGGAUUUCCAGUCUCAAUGCGAAUUUUUAGAUGAGUGUUGUCAAAAGUAUUCUCGGUUCGAUAAAGCUCUGAGAGACUUUGAGUGCUCUGAUAUCUGUAAGAAGUUAACUCUGAAGCAUUAUAUGUUGAAACCAGUUCAGCGGAUUCCCCAGUACCGAUUGCUUCUUGAAGAUUAUCUUUCUAAUUUGGAUCCUGAGUCGGAGGACUACCUAGAUACUCAACAAGCUCUCCAUGUCGUCUGCGAUGUUGCGAAUCAUGCAAAUAAAAGUAUGAAGCAAGGGGAUCACUUGAGUAAGUUGCUUCAAAUUCAAGCUCAGCUUGGCAAUUACGAAAUAGUGAAACCAGGAAGAGAAUUCGUCAAAGAGGGAGACCUGUAUAAACUGUCUCGAAAAAGUCUGCAACUUCGAUUUUUAAUACUGAUUAAACCGGUCGGCGGCGCCGGCACGGGAGAGGUGCGAGAAGCAGGGAACUCCAUAUCGCACAGCCCGAAUGGAGCGUCCUACCUAAUGAAAGGAGUGAGUGUAAACAAAGCGACAUCGUAG